AACUGCGAAGCCCACAGCAUCGGAGGUGGCGGGGUUUUAAAAACCGAGGGAUGCCCCCUUUCAAAAUAAGCAUAGAAGGACGUGCUUGUGAUGAGACCCGAAAAAUAAAAGCCUCGUCGUGGGCGGAGUCAUCGGUUCGGCUCUGUGAAUGGCUGUGGAAGAGGGAGGCGGCCUCUCAGGAGGCCGGCCGUUGCCUGGGAGACGCAACGCUUUUCGCGCGGGCGGCGCUCCUGUGAAUUCCCCAGCUGUGGAGCGGAGGGGGCGGGGCAUCGAAAGCCGUGACUCCGCCUCGGCAGUUGGCGUCGGGCGGGUUGACGUCACUGCGGAAGCGCCGCCGUGUUGUGGUGUUUACAGGCGAGGGUCGCUCGCUGGCGGCGGCGGAGCCGGGCUGGGCUUAAGGGCGCUCGGGCCAGAGCGGCGAAGGGGCCGCCUCAGCGCCCAUGUGCCCUCAGCCGCCCAUGGAGGUGAUGGAGGGGCCGCUUAACCUGGCUCAUCAGCAGAGUAGAAAAGCUGACCGUUUGCUGGCAGUGGGGAAGUACGAAGAAGCAAUUGCUUGUCACAAAAAAGCAGCAGCAUAUCUUUCAGAGGCUAUGAAGCUGACACAGUCGAAUCAGGCUCAGUUAUCAUUGGAAUUACAAAGGGAAAGUCACCUGAAACAAAUACUACUUAUUCAAGAACGGUGGAAAAGGGCAAAAAGAGAAGAGAGACUCAAAAUCCAGCAGGCUGUGGACAAGGAUAAUGCUGCACACUUGCAACCUUCUUCCAAACCAUCAGCUGAGGAAUGUGAUGACCAAAGUGUAACAGCACCCACUAGUCUCAAAUACAACCCCUUGCCAGUGAAGGAUAUGCAGGCCAUCCAUGGUGUCUUGGAUAGGGACCCAGAUACACUACUCUUUCUUCUUCAGAAAAGAAAGGAACCGCUGGAAGUAUGUGUAAGAAGCAAAACUCCAAAGGAUGAUAAGACAAAAAUAGAGGAGCAGGCCACCAAAAUUGCACUUCUAGAACGACAUGUAGAAGUCCUCUUAGCUGAAAAUGAGCGAUUAAGGCAAGAGAACAAGCAGCUCAAAGCUGAGAGGGCCAGGCUCCUCAAAUCCCCUCUAGAAAAAGAGCUGGAUGUAGAUGCUGACUUUGUAGAGAAGUCAGAGUUGUGGGGUCUGCAGCAGCAUUCAGAAACUGCAGCCUCCUCUGCUUCCUCUUGGCAGAAAUUUACAACCACUGCAGGGAAGGCCAAGGACAUUCCUAUCCCCAGCCUUCCACCACUAGACAUUCCAUCCUCUGAGCUUCCACUCUUAGAGCUCUCAGAGGAUAUAUUGAAGGGACUCAUGAACAGCUAAGUGAAGACCACAGUGGAUGCCUACCUGUAGUUCAUCAAAAUUCUAAAAAGGGAAAGCCAUCAGUACCACAGAAAUCCAAGAACAGAAGCAUCAACUCCAUACCCUAGAAAGUGGGGAGAAAGGGGACUUGGUCACUGUGAAAAAUAUACAUCGUGUUGGAUUGGAUGGGUAGAGUUACUAUUUACCAUCGUUGGUAAAAACAAAACACUUUUUUCGCUCAAGCCAAAUGACUGAAGGUAAACUUGAUAACACAGUUCUACAGGGUUUAUCGGUAUGCUAUGUGUAACAAGUCUCUAAUGCCAUAAAAUAAUGCAAAACCUACAUGGUAUGAGAGUGACCGUUUUGGCAAUGGAAGACAUUUUCUGUCAUGCAUUUGAUUUCUAGUUGAUUUAAUCGUGCACAAAAACCAGUCAACUGAUUGGAAGUUACUUCUGUUCCACUGCAAGAUGGAUUUGUGUGCCACACUUCUGCACUCCUGACUUAAAAUGUAAUCUCAGCCAAUCAGGAGACAUGCUAAAUUUCCAUUUUUUAAGGAACCAAAUUUAGUUUUGUUGGAAUACUUUGAUUUGUUUACAUAAUCAGGGUGCUUCAUAAUGUGUGUUUUCUGUAUAAGAAACUACUAGGCAUUGUUCUAGACAAAUAUAUAAGGAUGAGCAGUCCUUGUUGCAUGAAUGGAAGUAAUAGUAGUUGCCAGAAAAAUAAAAUGUUUCAGGUCUGUUUUGAA